AUGUCAGUGCUAUCCGAGGAAGCGGGCUACCGCAUAGGCAGCCUGGCCGGGUCGCAUUUCCAGGCGGCGGGAGCACUAGGAGGGGACGAGGGAGCGCCGCUCGGCGGUUGGGAGCGCACACCCUGCCCAAGGGCUGAAAUGGACUGGUCUGGACUCGGCAUGUCCCCCUUUGGCGGGAGCGAGCGCCACAGGUGA